AUGGAUACUUCAAGCGAAAAAAAUCCAGAAUCGCAAGAGAAUAUUCUUCUCAGGAUACCCGUGCUUUCGAGCUAUGCGGAGGGCCUAGAAAGCCAUGUUCGAGAGCGAUAUUUAAAGAAAAUUUCUGUGGUCGGUGUCGAUCCAGCAGCCAUUCCAAAGGAGCAGUUCCACUCAGAAUGUUUGCCCCCGAUUGAAGUCUCGGACCUUCUUUCCUAUUUAGUUCAAGCGAAGCAAGUGGUGUCUGGCUUCGUAAACUCGGUUCAAGGAGCAGAGAUUCUCAACAAGAUUGUUGUUGUGGCGAAGGUGAAACAUUUGCAACGGAUGAACGAUCCUCUGAUAGACAUUUGGAUCAUCGCAGAAAGUGAUGAUUCUGACGAAUGUAAUGCCUCAGUUAGCGUUUGCGAUGUGAACGCUGACUGCAAAAACACUCUGGGAUCGUAUCGCUGCUCUUGCAGAGCUGGGUUUUCUGGAAAUGGACGUAGCUGCAAAGCUGGAGGAGGGGGAGGAAGUUUUGUUUAUACUACAGCUGAUGUUCUGUUGCUUGCUGCCGGAGGAGGAGGAGGUGCAUCGAGUGGAUAUAAUGGUGUGGAUGGUCAGGCGGAAUCAAAUGGUACCAGUAGUGUAGGGCAGGUUUCGUCACAAGUUCGAAAUGGAGGCACAGGUGGGCAGCCAGGUGAAUGCAACAGUGAGGGCGCUAGCUAUCAUGGAGGAGUGGGAGCGGGUUGGUUUGGUCAAGGUUGUACCCGACUAAGCUUCUCCGAUGGGGAAAGAGGUGGAUCACGCGCUGAAGGCUGGAUCGGAGGUCAAGCCGGAGGUAUGAAUAGCGGUAAUAACGGGGGCCCUCCACCAGGAGCAGUUGGUGGGUUUGGUGGUGGGGGAGGUGGAUCAGAGGAUAAUGGUGCAUCAGGCGGAGGUGGUGGGUACUCUGGGGGAGGUAGCGGUACCCAUGCGAAACAAGCCGGAGGUGGAGGAGGCUCGUACUGUAAUGGCCAAGAUUGUUCCAGUUUGACUGGUGGGAACUCGAAUGAUGAUGGCCUUGUGCAAAUUACAGAAUUGUUGGGCUGAUUCCAAGACAUAUCUUGAAUAUUACAGUUGUUUUUCAAAAACGGAUUUUCUAUAUUACUAGAAAAAGUAGUUGUGGUGGUAACUGCAGAAGUUUUAUGUACAUUCAAAUCCCUUGUUCCUUUUUUCAGUAUGAGAUGAUAAGAAUGCUCUUCCUCCGGCUAGGUAUUAAAAAGGUCACCGUCUAGGAUCAUGAUAUUUAACACCCCAACCCUUAACAUCCUGAGAUUUGAUAAAACUUUUUAAAAGUUUACUUGUAAGAGUGUGUUCAAAAACCUUUAUAGAGUUAAUAAUUUGAAGGGAACUGUCCAAUGAGUUCCAUUUAUUAACUAUCCUUUUAUAGAAAGUUCUUUUUUUAAUAGUAAGCACUUCAGAACUGGUCCCGAGUAAAACAAAAGGAACGCUUCACAGUAGGUACAGUCGUCUAAUAAUUUGUUUUAUCACUUAAACUGCGGUGUUCUCAGGGAUUUCC